GGCGGGGAAAGCCCCCACGGCGCUGCCGGGCGAGGAUGCUGCGGGCGGGGGAAGGGGGGCGGAGGAGGGGGUCUGCGCCGCUUUCCCCCCACCCCCCCCGGGCCGGCUCCGUUUGGGGCCGGGGGUGCGGUUGGGGGCGGUGUGGGGCGGCGGGAUUGGCUGGCCCGGCCGCCGGCCCUGCGCGCCCCGGCCCGUCUGCGGCGCCGCGGCCAGCUGGCGCCAGCGCUCAUAUAGGAUGCGCGGGGAUGGGACCGAGCCGGCCAGAGCAGCGGCUUUGCCAUCUGAGUAACACCCUCCAUCCAGCCUCCUCUCCACCUCCCGCGCUCGCUCUGCUUUUUUCCCCCCCUCUCCCCUCUAUUUUUUUUUUCUUAUUUUUUUUUCUCCCCCUCCUUUCUCCCCCUCUUUGCGGCACUCGCAUCCUCCAAGCAGGCAUCCAUCACCACCCACCCCGCGGAGGCACCCUGCCUUCCGCGCCGGGUGCUGCCCCGGCGCUUCCCCGGACCUGCCUCCGCCACCCGCCUGUUGACAGAGGGACACGCUGACUUCGGGGGUCCUCCCCCACCCUUCCGAGGGCGCACUCCAGUCACCCGUCGGUUUUCUUUCUAAGAAAAGCCACCCCACCUCCUAAAACCCACCAGCAACGCCAAAGCCACCCCCGAGCAGCACCGCCCCCCCACCGAGCGCCGCUCGCUCCUGGUCCGGGGGUGGGUGGGAGGGGAGGCCCGAGGCCAUGGAGGUGGCCACGGACCAGCCUCGCUGGAUGGCCCACCACGCCGUGCUCAACGGGCAGCACCCCGAGAGCCACCAUCCCGGACUGGCUCACAACUACAUGGAACCAGCGCAGCUCCUACCUCCGGACGAAGUCGACGUCUUCUUCAACCACCUGGACUCCCAGGGCAACCCCUACUACGCCAAUUCUGCCCAUGCCAGGGCCAGGGUCUCCUACAGUCAGGCACACGCCCGCCUGACCGGGAGUCAAAUGUGCCGGCCUCAUCUUAUCCACAGCCCCGGGAUCCCUUGGCUGGACAGCAGCAAGGCGGCACUGUCUGCCCAUCACCACAACCCCUGGACCGUCAACCCCUUCACCAAGACACCCCUGCACCCCUCGGCGGCCGGAGCGCCCGGGGCCAUCUCGGUGUACCCAGGCAGCAGCACGUCCAGCACCGCCUCCGUGUCUUCGCUCACCCCAGCCUCACACUCCAGCUCCCACCUCUUCGGCUUCCCCCCGACCCCUCCCAAGGAAGUGUCCCCGGACCCCAACUCUACCAGCGCUGCCUCCCCUUCAUCCUCUGCCGGCGCCCGGCAGGAGGACAAAGACGGCAUCAAGUACCAAGUGUCACUGUCAGAGGGGAUGAAGAUGGAGAGUGCCAGCCCGCUCAGAAGCAGCCUCACCAGCAUGGGUGCCCAGCCCUCCACCCACCACCCCAUCCCCACCUACCCCUCCUACGUGCCAGCCGCCCACGACUACAGCAGCAGCCUCUUCCACCCGGGCAGCUUCCUGGGGGGCCCCGCGUCCAGCUUCACCCCCAAGCCACGAAGCAAGGCCAGAUCCUGUUCGGAAAGAAAUCCGGUUUCUUCGUGUUUCCAUUUAGAAGGCAGAGAGUGUGUGAACUGUGGAGCAACUGCUACCCCUCUCUGGAGAAGAGACGGCACCGGGCAUUACCUGUGUAACGCCUGCGGGCUCUACCACAAAAUGAACGGUCAAAACCGACCUCUCAUUAAACCUAAACGAAGGCUGUCAGCGGCUAGGAGAGCAGGGACUUGUUGUGCCAACUGUCAGACAACCACCACGACCUUAUGGCGACGUAAUGCAAACGGGGACCCAGUUUGUAAUGCCUGCGGACUCUACUAUAAAUUGCACAAUGUGAACAGGCCUCUGACCAUGAAAAAGGAAGGAAUUCAGACCAGGAAUAGGAAAAUGUCCAACAAAUCAAAGAAAAGCAAGAAAGGCUCUGAGUGUUUUGAGGAACUGUCCAAGUGCAUGCAGGAGAAAUCGUCUCCCUUCAGCGCUGCUGCCCUCGCUAGUCAUAUGGCGCCCAUGGGGCAUUUGCCGCCUUUCAGCCACUCUGGACACAUCCUACCGACACCUACCCCCAUCCACCCAUCUUCCAGCAUCUCAUUUGGACAUCCACACCCAUCCAGCAUGGUUACAGCCAUGGGAUAAAACCCGAUGACCAAGAGACCCACACAGAGAUUAAGAACACGGGGCUUUGCCUAAGACGACACCAAGUAAGAAAAUGUUCUGCCAAGAGGAGGACGUAGGGAUGGCAAAAGGGGAUCUUUGCUCCCACGUGGUUUAACUCUUAAUGCUGGACUAAAACCUUGCAGAUGAUGGGUCUUCUGCAGAAAUGUGUAGUGGUGCCUGUAAUGCACUUUGCCCCCUCAGGUAUAAGGAAAAAGAACUCACCUGUUCGAUACUUAACGGUCCAGCAGGAAGCAAAAGGUGGCAGGAGCUGAAGGAAAAGGCUUGGAACUGGCUUUCCUUUCUCUCUUUGUUAUUACUGUGAAUAUUGUAAAGAGAUAUAAGCGGCCUCCCGGGAUGGAAUCGGCUCACUGGAAGCCAGACAUGCUGGAUUUCUAUCGUGGACUUUGUUUGGGAUGGGGAAAAAAUUAAAAAAAAAAAAAAAAAGAAAGAAAAAAGAAAAAAGGACAUCUUUAUAGAAACGUAAUUUUUAAAAUGAAAUCAGACACAAAGUCAUAUUUAUUUUGCUCUUGUUUUCCACAAAAAGCCUCAACCCUCUGACUGCACAUUUUUGUGCUGUUGUUUGCAAUGGCUACCCUGUAAGAAAACCUGCCUUCAAAACAAGGGAGAGAGGGGGAUGCAUAUUCAGCAGCCCCCUUGGAUUAGCUCCAUCUAUCUUCCAUACCAAAAUAUUUAUUAGGAAGGGGAAAAAGACUGGGGAGGGAACAAAGCAAAAAUGUAACCGUAAUAUGGGAUUUUAAUGUGCCCAGGAUGGAGAUUAUUUUGAUACAAUUUCUUCAUUCUUCUCCCUAACAUGAAAGAUUUAUUUAAAAAAAAAACAAAAACCAACAAACCAGCCCCCUUCCCAACUACCCUAUUAUUCCUCAAAACAGACAGCUGGAUCAGACAAACUGUUGGGGGGGAAAAAAACUCUUGGGAAGGCAAUCCUGCACUAGCGAGGGGUGAGAUACAGGCAUUUAUCAACUGCGUCACAGCUAACUUCUAGCACAGCAAAAAAACAUCGCAGGGCAUAAAACCAUCCAACUCCGCAGACUUUAAGAGGUUUGAAGCAUUUUGUUCUGUUGUGUUGGCAGCUGUCGCUUAAAAAAAAAAUGCAGAUUAGCUGCUUGGGUAAACUUAGGGCAGUGUGGCCACCACCGUCCGCACGCAGCCAGCCAGCGCGUGUGCUGUCUCAGGCAUCCGGGCCCCGGUGGACUUCACAGGGAGGAAGGGCAGAAAUGAGGUUGAGAUCACUGGAGAGAGGAAAAGAGAGAGAGACAAUCAGUUUGAGCUUCACACAUCUGUCAAAUCCCAGACCACAGCGACAGCUGAUGAGACGAGGGAAAGCAUCGUUCUAAGGGGAACGGCUGUUUUCCGUAGCGUUAUUUUAUAUGAAAAAAAGAAAAAAAAGAAAAAAAUUUAAAUCGCCCAUUAUUAAACCAUAUUGUACGUAAAUGACCGAAAACAAAGCUAUUACCAAUGUGAAGUGUAUUCUAUUGAUUGUUAUGAUCUGAUGCCUCUCGUGAACACAAGCUCCAGUAUAACAUACAAUGUACAUAUUUAGCUAUACUUCUGAUGAAAAUGCCCCAAUGAACAGAGGGGUUUGAUAAUGUAAACCACGUAAGCUUAACUCUGUGACAAGCUUUUUAUUUUUUUUUUUUUUAAUUUUUAACUUUUUUGUUGUUGGGGCUUUUUUUUUUUGGAUCAAGCCAAUUGUAUCUUUACUGCAAAAGUCCUGCUUUAAAGAAAAAAAAACAAUGAAACAAAUAAAAAUGGACGUACGUUAAUUUUUUUUCUAAACAUAUAAUUCAAAUAUUUGGUAAUGAAUUAAGAACAGAGCAGCCAUGAAAAUCCUGCUUUCCUCCUUUUUCUGGUCUGCGUAGGCAUAUAGGUGCACUUUGUAAAGAAGUGGAAAUAAACGGGAAACUAAAUUGGUCGGGAGAAAUCAUAAGAAUUUUUAAUCUACUGAGGUAAAAAAUUGGGUCCUUUUUACUUUUUACCUUUUACAAUGGUACAGUUGUACGUUAUUUGUACCCAACUCAAAUUUCUGUAGGAUUUGGGAGGGGGGCGGGGAAGGGAUGUGGGUGGAAGACAGGGAUUACUGAUACAGUUGACAAAGUGCAAUAUAUUGUCAGUCACUGCAGCAUAGACAACGGCAGUUGAGAUUUAAAUUAUUUUGUACUUGUAUCAGCAUAAAAAAAAAUUCUGCAGUAUUUUCUGUUUUUAUUUUAAUUUUUUUAUUUUGCUUAUUUUUGGAUUAGUGAACUAAGUUAUUGUUAAUUAUGUACAACAUGUUUAUAUAUUGUCUGUAAAAAGUGUAUGCUUUCCUCAUAUUCCUUCAAGGUGAAUAUUGCUAAGAAUAAUAAAAUACCUUUUUUUGUGAAAGUACCUGUGCCCAGCUUCAUGUCAUAAAGGCUGCUUUUAAUAGGGAGAGAGGAACAAUUAUCGUUGUCGUCGUUGCCAGUAGAAUUAUUAGCUUAAACUUUAUGCAGAGCGGUCUGUUGAUAUUUCAAAAACCUACCAGGGGUAGGACAAAAAAAAGUAGUUGGUGAAUGAUUUAGUAUAAAAACCACAGGUACAAAAAUGCAUUCUCCGGUGCUGUUUUGGGGUGACGAGGUCACGCAGUUAAGUGCGCUAAAGGUUCUAAACCAGUUUAAAAUCUUAAGGCAGUAGCCACAUUGCAGAUGAUGAACUGUGGUUUCUCGUUGGGUUUUUUCUGGGUUGCUUUUUUAAAGUGUUUGGAGAAAUAAUUUUCAAAUAAAAACAAGUUUUCAAAACACC